UCGGUCAGUAUUUAAUACAUUUCCCAUGAGCACCCGCUCGUUUGAAACUACACAAGACAACAUGGCGGGAAUCGGAGCGUUUCUGAAGAAUGCAUGGAACAAGGAGCCUGUUAUCCUGACCUCAUGUGCAAUUGGAGUUGUAGGUGUUCUUCUGCCAUUCAUCAGCCCCAUCACAAAGUAUACAGGAAUGAUCAAUUCGGCUGUGCCGUACAACUACCCAGUCCCCGUGCGAGAUGAUGGGAACAUGGCUGAUGUCCCUGCCCAUCCAUGUGAACCAAAAGGAAAUAACUUGGACUGGCUUAAAAAGAUGUAAUUUCACAUUGUCACAGUCAACACUUCUGCUGUUCCUCUUGUUCAUGUGUGUCUACAUAUCUGCUCCCCUCAUUAAUGUCCCACAAUAAAGAUUAUCUAUUUAAUUCUA